AUGCCACCUCCCACCUUUCAUCCACCCCCCACCCACGUAUCUAUUUCACUUUUUUUCCCCUUUUAUUUUUCUCUUUCUUUGAUUCCUUCACCUGAACAUCACUCGAUUUUUCUCUCUCAUUGUCACCGUUACCUUUUUCUCCUCCUUUUUAUUUCAGCCUCUCACUUUUUUUUACUUUGUAGGUGUUCUUUCUCUUCUCCUUCUAUACCUUAUCCAAGAAACUUUCUUAAUAUCAUUAUCUUCCCAUCCUUUCAAAAGUCCACAUGGCCACAGCUUCAGCUCACUACGACUACUACAGCCUCACCACAAGAGCCAUUGUUUUUUUUCUUUUUACUGUUUUUCUUAUUGACUCAUUGUUCCUUUCUUUUUUCCUCUUAUUUAUUUUCACAUCUUUUACUUUUUUAUUAUUUUUUCAUUUUACUCUUUUUAUUCUUUACCCUUUCAUUUUUAUUAUUUUUCUUUCUUUUUUAUUUUCUCUUUCUUUUUCAACAUUUUUGCUUUGUUUUUUUCUUUUCUUUUUACUUUUUCUUUCUUUUUACCUUUCUUUCUUUUUUCCUUUUUUUAAAAUUUUUAUUCUGUUUUCUUUUUUACCCUAUUUAUCUUUUUUAUUUAGUUUUCUUUUCUCUUUUUACUCCUUUUUCCUUUAUUUUUAACCUUUUUCCUUCGCUUUUUACUUUUACCUUUUUACAUUUGAUUUCUUUUUUAAUUUUUCUUUCUUUUUUCCCGUCUUUUUUAAUUUUUGUUCCUUUUUUCUUUCUUUCCUUUUUUUUUUUUUACUUUGGCUUAGUUUUUCUUGUCUUUUUUAUUCUUUUCCCUUUCUUUUUAAUUUUUCUUUUUUUACUCUUUUAUGCUCUUUUCCUUUUCUUUUCUCCUAGUUUUUUUCCUUAUUUUUUCUUUUUGUAUCUUUUUCUUUUUUAUUCUUUUUUUUGCUAUUUUCAAAUUUUCUUUCUUUCUUUCUUUCUUUCUUUCUUUCAUUCUUUCUUUUGUUAA